AUGAAGCUCACAAACUUGUCACUCUUGGCUCUAUCGGCAUCUCUUGCAUCGGCAAGAUUUGUUGAACAACACGAAAAGGAUCAAGUUAUCCUAAACUCUAAUGUCGUGGAUAAUGAGCGUUAUCUGAUCGAGAUCGCCCCUGGCAAACAACAAUGGGUUACAGAAGAAGAGAAAUGGGAAUUAAGAAGAAAUGGACAGAACUUUAUGGAUAUUACGGAAACUCCAGAACUUGGUACCUUCAAGGCUUCAUCGGUCAAGGCGAAGUUUCCAUCAAAGCCAACCCUUCAGAAAGACCUCAAACCGCUACUUAAAGACUUGAAUAAGUCUAAUAUGCAUGAGAACCUUAAGACCUUCACUAGUUUCCACACCAGAUAUUACAAGUCCGACUAUGGUCGUCAGUCCUCAGAAUGGCUCUUGGAGCAAGUACAAGGGUUGAUCAAGGAUGCUGGAGCCGAUAAAUACGGAGCCAACGCUCGUCAUUUCAAACAUUCAUGGGGACAAAAUAGUAUCAUUGCUACAAUUCCUGGACAGAAGAACUCGACCGUUGUUGUAGGCGCACAUCAGGACUCUAUAAACCUCUUCUUACCUUCUAUUCUAUCUGCCCCCGGAGCUGAUGAUGAUGGAAGUGGAACUGUGACUAUUCUCGAAACCCUUCGUGUAUUGCUUACAUCCAAGGAUGUCAUUGAAGGAAAGGGAGAGAACACUGUUGAAUUUCACUGGUACUCGGCUGAAGAAGGUGGUUUGCUCGGCAGUCAAGCCAUUUUCUCCGAAUAUGAGAAGACUGGUCGAGAUAUCAAGGCAAUGCUUCAACAGGAUAUGACCGGAUACACCCAAAAGACUUUGGAUGCUGGAGAGCCAGAGAGUGUUGGUGUGAUCACCGAUUUUGUCGACCCUGAUUUGACGGAUUUUAUCAAAAAGAUCGUUACCGAGUAUUGUGAUAUUCCAUAUGUCGAAACAAAGUGUGGUUAUGCAUGCUCUGACCAUGCUAGCGCUUCAAAGGCUGGAUACGCCUCUGCUUUCGUCAUCGAGAGCGACUUCAAGUAUUCCGAUAAUCAUAUCCAUACUUCGGACGACUCCAUCAAGUACUUGAACUUUGACCACAUGCUUCAGCAUGCUCGUUUGACUCUUGGUUUGGUUUAUGAGCUUGCAUUUGCAAAGCUAUGA